AUGAAGUGCUCACAUACCAUCAUCCAUGUCAGUGUCACCUGCCGGUCCCGGCAUUUGAAAUGCGAUGAGACUAAACCAACCUGUACUCGCUGCACGCGUGGGAAACGAGAAUGUAUCCAGGCCGACCCAGCAGCCAACUUUCGAUAUGUCUUCACGACCGCUAGAGGUGUUAAACCUCCCAUAGUCUCUCAGAAAAAGACAGAGGCAACCAAGCAUUCUACGUUUAACGCCGACAAUAGUCCUAUAGCGGCUCAUAGCCCAGUUCAUAACCAAGAAGCUGCUUCUUCUCCCGGAAUCUUAGCGCAAAAUGUUUAUCCAUUCAUAACUCGAGAUGAGGGGCAAUUGGCUCCAACUAAUCAGCCACAGCUCCGAGCAGAGCUAUCUCUAGAGAUGCCAUGUGACGAUGAUAUAGAUGCGACCCUCUCCACGGUUGCCAGUGAACCCAACGUCACCAGUAGUGUUGCGGACUUAGCAAGCUACCAGGGGCCCUCGCCAGGGAGCAGCGACAGCAUCAGUGUGGCGGGGGCUAUCACAGUGGCAGGGGUUCCAGAACUAUAUGCGCCCCCACGAGAAAACAAGGGAAUAAGUUGCCUUGAACAUGCAGCGCUUUUCAGAUUUUUCAAGGAACGCUGGGCCCCGGGCUUGGACUCACAAGACGCAGACCGUCACUUCACACUUGAGGUACAGCAACGCGCACAGCGUGCUCCGGUUCUGCUCAACGCAAUUCUUGCAGUUGCAUCCCUCCACCAGAGCAGACUCUCUGGCUCUUCCAUUGUGAUUGCGGAGCAGUAUCAUGAAGCGUGUGUGAAACUGAUUCUUGGCAUGCUGUAUCAUGCAGAUGGACCAAUUGAUGAGUUACUUCUUGCAACUACUGUAAUUUUGCGUGUUUACGAGCAAAUGAAUGGAUCAUUUAAUGACGAUGAGUGCCAUUUACUCGGUGCAUCCGCCCUUGCUUCAGCACAAGCGGCCACAAACGGCCACCUUUGGAAGGCAGCGUUCUGGAUUUAUCUCCGUCAAGAUAUCUACAUGGCGAUUUUGGAUCAGCGGCCUAUCAAAACAGACCUAUCCAUGUGCACGCUGUGGGAAAAUGAGAUACCGACCAAUGAUUGUGAAUGGAGCCAGGUCAUCGUGCUCAUUGUCGCCGACAUAAUCGGGUUCUGUUUUUCCUCCCACAACGAGGAGACAGCGGAAAGUUCAGGUGGACAAAUGAUUGCAGGUCGAGUCAUUGCAGGUCUUGGAAACGGAGUCAACACUGCCACGAUUCCUACCUGGAAUUCAGAAAUUGUUGGUUCACAUAACAGAGGCCGCUUGAAUGCCAUCUCAGGAACCAUGAUUGGAGUGGGCAUUUGCUUAAGCUAUUGGUUCGAUUAUGGUAUGGCAUAUGUUAAUGGAUCUGUACAAUGGCGUCUGCCAAUUGCUAUUCAGAUAGCAUUUGCUGGCGCCACAUUAUUCAUGGCAAUCUAUCUACCAGAGUCACCUCGGUGGUUGACAACCCAGGGUCGAAUUGAUGAAGCAGUCCAUGUUCUUGCAUGCUUGGAAUCAGAGUAUUCAAAUUCUGAGACCCCAGCCGUUAUAGCGAAGUGCCAGGAUAUUCAACUUGCUUUGAACGCAGAGCAAGCAAUGGGACCUUUAAAAUGGAGUGAAUUGUGGGAAAGCAAACUCACCGGUAAUAGAAAACGGAUCAUCCUGGCAUGCGGAAUCAUGGUCUUUCAACAAAUGUCUGGGAUCAAUGCCUUGGUGUAUUACAUUCCGUAUCUCUUGGAAAACUCCGUGGGACUUCCAGCAAAUACUGCUCUUCUGAUAUCCGGCCUAGUCGGCGUGAUUUUCGUUGUUUUCUCCGCCUACGCAUUUAUCUUUAUUGAUAAAUGGGGUAGAAGAAAGCCGUUCAUCGUCACAAGUAUUGCUCAAAGCCUGAGUAUGAUUAUGGUUGCCAUCCUUCUAUCUCUAGAAACUCCAACCGCCAGCAAGGCAUCGGUCGUUUUCUUCUUCCUGUACAUGGCUGCAUUUGGAGCGUGCUACUUGGGUGUUCCGUGGAGCUACGCCCCUGAAUUACUUCCCCUCAGAAAUCGAGUUCGUGGCUGCGCGGUAGCAUCCGCAGUGAAUUGGACAUGCAAUUUUGCCAUUGUGGAAUUCGUUCCAUCGGCCAUAGCAAAUAUCUCUUGGCGCACAUACAUCAUCUUUGCUGUUUUGAAUUUUACUUGGGCGCCUCUGCUGUACCUCUUUUACCCAGAGACUGCACGCAUGACCAUGGAGGAGAUUGACAAUUUAUUUGUGAAAGAGCCGAUCUCGCUGCAUACUCUUACAGCCCAUGUGAGCCACGAAAGCGGAACUCAUAAUGACAAAGUUGCGGUUGAGCUGCAGGAGAGGACUUGA